AUGGGAAAGGUUCCUAUUACAAUAUUGUAUGAUGGACAUUGGAAUGAUAACAAAAAAUUCGUGAGUUAUAGGUUGACAGCUAUGUUGCUUAACGACAAUGCCACAUUUUUAGAUGCUUUACAACUAUUGUAUAAAGAGUUGCCUCUAAAGUUGGAUUGUCAUCGCCACUACAUUAGGAUUUUUGUUGAUAUGAACCUUGGAGAGAAUGGAAAUAAUAUUUUAGAGGUUAUGGGUGAUAGUGGUAUGAGUUGGUACCUACAUAUGGCAAAAUCUGAUAAAGAAAUGAAAUACCCACUCAUUGUAAGUUUUGAGGAGCGUCCAAUGGUUGAACUAAUUCAAAAGUCCAUUGAGAAUAGUCGUUUGUUGUUGGAGUCUGUUACUGAUCACUCCUCUAUAAUGGAUUCAGAUUUGUCUUCAAAGUUUGGCACAAACUUUGAAGUAGGUUCAUCGUCAAAUUCUCAUGGUGGGAGCAGUGGUAGUUCAACUGUUCUAAGUACCAACACGAACAAUUCUCCAACUUCAGAAAACGUAGACUCUAUAUUUGUAGAUCCCAUUGGAUUGGAAGAUCUAAAAGUCAAAUACUUCUUUGAAAGUAAAGAAAAGUUGAAGACUGCAUUAGGGUUGAUCUCAAUUAAGAAAUUUUUUGAAUUUGUGACUAUUAAGUCUAACCAAACUAGAUUGGUUGUCAGAUGUGUAGUUCCAAAUUGUGAAUGGUACAUGAGGGCUUCAAAGUAUGGAAAUGGAGAUUUUUGGAUGGUAAGGAAGUAUGUCAAGGAUCAUACUUGUCCAAUUGAUGUUGUGUUAAAUGAUCAUCGUCAAGCUACUAGCAAAUUAGUGAGUGAUUGUGUAACUAACUUGCUAAGAGAUGAUGCAACAACAUGUCCUAAAAAGGUAGUAGCUCAUAUGUUGAGAGAUUAUGGGGUCCAUAUUAGUUACUUCAAAGCUCGUAUGGCAAAGGAAAAAGCAUUGGAGGCAUUACAAGGAUCUGCUGAUGAGUCAUAUGCUCUAUUGCCAUCAUAUCUCCAUGCUCUAAAGUCUUCUAAUCCUGGCUCAGUGGUUGAUUAUCAAACUAAUGAUGAAGGCAGAUUCUUGUAUAUGUUCAUGGCAUUUGGAGCUUCCCUUGAAGGAUGGAAGUAUUGUAGGCCAGUCAUAUCAGUUGACGGAACAUUUUUAACAGCUAAAUUUGCAGGAACAUUGUUCAUGGCAUGUGCCAUGGAUGCCAAUAAUCAUAUAUUCCCAAUAGGUUUUGGCAUCGGAGAUUCUGAGAAUGAUUCUUCUUGGAUUUGGUUUUUCCAAAGAUUAAGAGGUGCAUUAGGAUCUCGAGAUAAUCUGGUUAUUGUUUCAGACAGACACAGAAGUAUUGAGAAUGCAAUAUCUACUGUGUAUCCAGAUGCAGAACAUGUCUUAUGCACCUAUCAUUUGUUGAACAACCUAAAAUCUGCAUUGAAGUUCAAGGGCCAUGAUGUGCUAUUUGAGAAUUGUUCAAGAGCUUAUUUGAAGAUUGACUUUGAGUUUUAUAUGCGCCAAAUGGAGUCAAUCAAACCAAGAAUUCGUGAAUAUCUUCUUCAAGUUGGAUACGAGAAAUGGGCUAGAUCAUAUUCUACUAGAAGAAGAUACACCAUUAUGACCUCAAAUAUAUCUGAAAGCUUAAAUUCUGUUUGGAAAGAAGCUAGAGACUUUCCUGUUGUAGCUUUAUUGGAAAAUUUAAGGCAAAAGGUUCAAAAUUGGUUUGAUACACGUCGUUUGGAAGCAGCAAGCACAUUUACAAGGUUGUCAAAAUGGGCAGAAGACCAGCUUGUUGAGCAAAAUCGUCUAGGUAGAACUAUGAAUGUAUACUCUGUUGGUCAUCAAAUUUACCAAGUUGUUGAUGGUAACUUAGAAUUUGUUGUUGAAAUUCUAAAGCGCAGUUGCACUUGUCGCAAGUGGGACUUAGAUGAAAUCCCUUGCUCGCAUGCAUGUGCUGCCAUAAGAAAAGCAAACUUGUGCCAUUAUACUUAUGUCUCUGACUUUUACAUGAAGGAUGUUUUUGUGAGCACAUAUAAUGGAAUAAUCCAUCCAGUGGGAAGUCAAAAGUUUUGGGAUAUUCCUGAUAUUGUCAAAGAUCAUGUUGUGCUGCCACCCAUUGUAAGGAGAAGAGCUGGCAGACCAAAAAAGAAGAGGAUUCCUUCAGCUGGUGAAAAAAGGAGGCAAAUCAAGUGUGGUAGGUGCAAUGAAAAUGGACACAAUCGUAAAAGAUGUAGAAAUGCUAUUCAUGUGAAGAUGAAAUCUAUGAAGAGGCUGUAA